AUAGAAAGCUCUUUCCCUUCAGUUUCCUCACCACGAAAUCUCAGCCGUUCGCUGAAUUUUCCAUGCUCUAUAAAUAGCCCCACCUCCUCCACCCUCUGCCCUCAUAUACCCAUCUGUUAAUUGACUCAUACUCUCAUCGAUCAUCCCUCUCUCCCUGUCUAUCUCCUCUCCUCUCCUCCUCAUCCUCCGAUUUAUCUUCAACUCGGCAUUGCAUAUCUGCAUGUGUUUUGAUCAUUACACUAGCUAGCCAGCUAGCCUUCUAGUGAAGAUCACCCAUCACAGCAUAUAUAUAUUAUACAUACCCAAACAUACAUAUAUAUAUGCAUAAUGGCUUGCUUAAGUUUCUCUAAAGAGAAUUGCGCGGAUGAAAAGAUUAAAAAAACGGAGCGAGAGUGCUGCACCCUCGAUGGAUCCACUGAUAGACACGGCCAUCCUGCUGUACGUGGAAAAACCGGGGCAUGGACAUCAGGGAUUCUCAUACUUGUGAAUCAAGGACUGGCAACUCUGGCAUUCUUUGGAGUUGGGGUGAACAUGGUGCUGUUUUUGACAAGGGUGAUGGGGCAGGACAAUGCAGAUGCUGCCAACAAAGUCAGCAAAUGGACAGGCACAGUCUACAUUUUCUCUCUUCUUGGGGCCUUCCUCAGUGAUUCCUACUGGGGAAGAUACAAGACCUGUGCCAUCUUUCAGGUCAUCUUUGUCAUUGGUCUGGCAUCACUAUCGUUAUCAUCAUACAUUUUUCUGCUCAAGCCUCAUGGCUGCGGUGCCGAACAUUCUCCAUGCCAGCCCCAUUCACCCUACCACACUCUGUUGUUCUACCUUUCCAUUUACCUAGUAGCGUUAGGAAAUGGAGGGUACCAACCCAACAUAGCUACAUUUGGGGCGGACCAGUUUGAUGAGAAUGAUUCUAAGGAAGGCCACUCAAAGGUGGCCUUCUUCAGCUUCUUCUACCUGGCUCUGAACCUGGGCUCCCUCUUUUCAAACACUAUACUGGUCUAUUUUGAGGAUAAGGGAAUGUGGGCACUGGGUUUUUGGUCAGCAACUGGCUCUGCCUCUGUUGCAUUGAUCUUGUUCCUUAUUGGGACCCCAAGGUACAGACACUUCAGACCCAAUGGCAACCCUCUCUCUAGGUUUUGCCAAGUUUUGGUCGCUGCAACAAGAAAAUGUAAGGUUGAGGCACCACCAAGUGAAGAUUUGUAUGAAGUGGACGCGAAAGAUGAUCCCAAAAAUGGGGGCAGAAAGUUGCUUCACACCCAGGGUUUUCAAUUCUUGGACAGAGCAGCAGUCGUUAUAUCUAAGGAGCAAAACGAGAAAGAUGAGGUUCUUGAUAGUCCUUGGCAUCUCUGCACAGUAACCCAAGUCGAAGAAGUGAAAUGCAUACUAAGGCUCCUACCAAUUUGGCUCUGCACGAUACUUUACUCUGUAGUUUUCACCCAAAUGGCCUCUCUCUUUGUGGAGCAAGGUGCAGCCAUGAGAACUAACAUUUCGAACUUCCACAUUCCUCCAGCAAGCAUGUCUAGUUUUGACAUUCUCAGCGUUGCUCUUUUCAUUUACAUAUAUAGGAGAGUUCUUGACCCCCUCUUUGCGAGGAUGAGGAAGGACCCCAGAGGGCUCACUGAACUUCAGAGGAUGGGGGUUGGUCUUGUUAUAGCAAUAGUGGCAAUGGUCUUUGCUGGGACAGUAGAGAUUUUCAGGUUGAAGCAUGCGGCGAAAGAUUGUGCCAACUGUGAAGGUUCCAGUUCUUUGAGCAUCCUUUGGCAAAUCCCCCAAUAUGUAUGCAUUGGAGCCUCUGAGGUUUUCAUGUAUGUUGGUCAAUUGGAAUUCUUCAACGCACAAGCACCAGAUGGAUUAAAGAGCUUUGGGAGUGCACUUUGCAUGACAUCCAUUUCACUAGGAAACUAUGUUAGUAUCUUGCUGGUAACAAUGGUCAUGAAAAUCUCUACAGAACAUAAAAUGCCCGGGUGGAUUCCUGGAAACCUCAAUAAGGGUCAUCUAGAUAGAUUUUACUUCCUCUUGGCAGCUUUGACUACUGCAGAUUUUGUGAUCUACUUGAUUUGUGCUAAGUGGUAUAAGAGUAUCAAGUUUGAAGGGAAGAGUGGAGAAAGCAGUGACACGCACGCAGACCUUAAAGUCUAAUAUAUUUUGAAAACACAGUAUGCUUUAGAAGAGAAGCCAUGAGAGAUUGGGAGACUGGAGGUAUAAGAGUUAUUUUGCAAUGAAACUAAAGAAAUGAGAAAUUCCAUUUUCAUUUCUCUAAUGUCGAGCACAGCGUGUUCAGAGAGUGGCUUCUGUUCCUAUGACGGCAUACACAGUUUUCAAUGGGGUACAUAGAUCUUGUAUAUGAAGCUCCUCAAAUGACAUUUACAUAACCUGUGGCUUUCCUUUCAAUUUUCCUUUUUCCUCCAAUCUUCAAGUGCAGCCAAUGUCCAUCAAUGACAUACAAACCAAAUGCAUGAAUUUGUAACAUUGUAGCAUCUCUGUAUUACAUCAACCAUCAAUGAUACAAGUAUUUCAUCUGCUUGAGCCAUUAAAA